UUCCCCUGUGGAAGCCCAGGUUUUCUCUCUUUGGCUGAUGGAAUCUCAAGCUCUUAAUUUCUCUCUUCUUUUUUAGGUAAUGAACCAAAAGGAUCAUGUCUGAAGUACAAGGAACGGUUGAGUUUUCUGUAGAGCUACAUAAAUUUUAUAAUGUGGAUCUCUUUCAGAGAGGGUAUUACCAGAUCCGAGUGACCUUGAAGGUGUCCUCAAGGAUCCCCCACAGACUGAGCGCCUCCAUCGUCGGGCAGACAGACAGCAGCAGCCUGCACUCAGCCUACGCCCAUGAGAACGCCGUGCACAGCAGGGUCUUUCAGAUCUUGUACAGGAACGAAGAGGUCUCCAUAAAUGACGCCGUCCUCUUCCGGGCUCAUCUGCUCUUAGAUGGAGAAAGGGUGGAGGAGGCGCUAAGUGAGGUUGAUUUUCAGCUCAAGGUGGAUCUGCACUUUACGGACAGUGAGCAGCAGCUGAGGGACGUGGCGGGGGCCCCCCUGAUCAGCAGCCGCACGCUCGGCCUACACUUCCAUGCCUGGAGGGGUCUGCACCACCAGGUCCCCGUCAUGUUCGACUACUUCCAUCUGUCAGUCAUCUCGGUGACCGUCCACGCCGCCCUCGUGGCUCUGCAGCAGCCUUUGAUCAGUUUUACCCGUCCAGGAAGAGGCUCCUGGCUUGGUAAAGGCGGGCCAGACACGGGACCAGAGCAGUCCAGCCUCUCUCUGGAAAACCUGGUCUUCGGAGCUGGAUACUGCAAGCCGACUUCUUCGGAGGGGAGCUUCUACGUGCCGUCCGAGAACUGCAUGCAGCACGCCCACCGGUGGCACCGGCAGCUGUGCCGCCUGCUCCUGCGCGCCUACGGGGGACUCCGCGCCUACUUCCUGGCCAUCAUGCGGGACAUCCCGGAGCUGCCGCACAUGGAGCUGGAGUCCCUUGCUGUGGAGGAAACGCUCUCUCAGCUGUGCUCAGAGCUACAGAUGUUGAACAAUCCCGAGAAGAUAGCUGAGCAGAUAAGUAAGGACCUCGCCUGGCUCACUUCCCACCUGAUGGCUCUGUGGACCCAGUUCCUCGACACGGUGACCCUACAUUCCCAGGUGACCUCUUAUCUCACCCAGGAACAUCACACCUUGAGGGUCCGAAGGUUUUCUGAGGCCUUCUUUUAUAUGGAGCACCAAAAGCUGGCCGUCCUGACCUUUCAGGAGAAUCUGAUACAGACCCACAGCCAGCUGUCUCUGGACAUCCGAAACUCCGAGUACCUCACCACCAUGCCCCCGCUGCCCGCGGAGUGCCUGGACAUCGACGGCGACUGGAACACCCUGCCGGUUAUCUUUGAGGACAGAUAUGUGGACUGCCCUGCCACAGGGCACAAUUUGAGUAUUUACCCUAAUUUUGACGUUCCGACAAGUCCUGCAAUAAUGAAUCUAAACAACAGAGAAGAGAACCUUACUGUAAAUAAAAAAUCACCUUUCAGGGAAGAGCUUGUCUUGCCCACCAUGAAACCACCCCAGGUGGACUCUGAUACAGAAGUUAUUAGAUGUCCAGAGCCAGAGGACAAAGUAAUCACACCACAAUGUACGGACACGUGCUCCGAAUCUCAGGUGUAUCUGACAAUUGGUGAAUGCCAGAACAAAGCAGGUUUGCGUGAAGAGGAAUGCUGGACUGGCCAGAGAUCUGAUGUUGGAACACAUUCACUGGCAGAUGAGGACCCACCCAGAAGGAGUCCAGGUCCAGAGGAUGGCCAGGCCCCGGCACUCACCUACAUUGAUGUGAAAUCUAGCAAUAAGAGGCCUUGUAGUGUGGAGCCCACAGUGGUCAUUAGUGCUCAGCAGGAGAAUGAGCACUCUGCAGAUAGCUGUGAAUCGGACAGAGCUGUACCAGACCAAGAGGUAGCUGGGGGAGGUCACCAAAAUGCCAUCCUUUCAGAGAAAACAACACUGCAUGAGUUAAGUACUCUAGGAAAGGUUGCAGACCAGGAGGGCAAGAUGGCACUGCUGAGUCUGAAACUCCUCCCCUCCGAGCCCUGUGAUCCACUAAACUCAACUUUGAGGGAUCCCUUGGAUGUUAGGGCUUCCCCAAAAGACCCUCACUCAGAGGAGCAGGAAGAAGUGUCGGUGCUCUCUGGGGUCAUCAAGAGAUCUUCUUCCAUCAUCUCCGAUUCAGGCAUUGAGAGCGAGCCAAGCUCUGUUGCCUGGUCCGAGGCACGAAGCAGGGCCCUGGAGUUACCCAGUGACCGGGAAGUCUUGCACCAUCUGGUUCGAAGGCAUGCUCUGCACAGGAACUCCUUAGAGGGUGGACACACAGAGAGCAAUACGAGUUUGCCGAGUGGGAUCCAGGCAUCUCUCACCUCCAUUAGCUCUUUGCCCUUUGAGGAGGAAGAACGGGAGUUGGCGCUCACCAAGUUGACCAAGUCUGUGUCUGCACCCCAAAUCAGUAGCCCAGAGGAGUCUGCUGAAGACACAGACACCAUGCAGCAAGGUGGGGAUCUUGCUGAAAGUCCAGCCAUACCAAUGGAGAGUGUAGAUUCCCCGGGAUCCAGAAUCCCGGAUGCUGGGGCAGACCAUUCCCUUGUGCAGGUGGUUUCAGGUGCUGAUGGCCAGCAGGUCCCCGGUUACAUAGACAUCCCCAAAGGUACAGAGAGUCAGUCUGAUCCUCAAGAACCUUCUUGUCUUGAUGGGAGGACUGAGAACCUUGUAGGUGUUGAAACCAAAUGUCUUAAUGUAAAAAUACCACGUAUCAUUGCACUUGAAAACCCUAAGCAUGGAUCUUAUCCUAGAGUACUAAAGGAGACCCCAGAGGGCAAGCCUGAAGACUUGAAUGUGGAGAAUAAUGGUCCUUCCAACAGUAGCAUCUCAGAUGAUGAGACGAUUGCCCACCAUAAGGUGCCUGAGUGGAACUCUAGGACAGCUGCUGAUGCCAGCGACCUGGAGUCCACAGGCGAGCGGAACAGCUCACCAGGCAUCGUCGAUGAUGCAGCUUUUAGCGAAGGAACUCACGCUCGUCUGGAGGCUGGACGUGAAGCAGGCACCGUGGGUUCCACUGUGACUCCCUCCACUCACUCCCAGGUUUUAGGAAACCAAGAGCCAAAGACAGGCAAUUCUGUCAUGGCGUCUCACCUGGGUUCAGUGGAGACCUUCACUCUGGACAGCCUGAAAGCCGUGGAGGUCGUCAACCUGUCCGUGUCUUGCACUGCCACAUGCCUCCCUUUCUCAUCUGUGCCCAAGGAGACCCCUGCCCGGGCUGGAUUCUCUGCCAAGCAGACCCCAUUGCCCAUCACUCAUCAACCUUUGGGCUCCUUUGGAGUUGUCUCCACCCAUUCGAGCAAGUUGGAGGAAGAAGUCAGUGAGAGGAUGUACAGUUUUUAUCAGGCCAAAGAAAAAUUUAAAAAAGAACUGAAGAUUGAUGGAUUUCUGUACAGUGACUUAUCUGUACUAGCUUCUGAUAUACCGUAUUUCCCACCAGAGGAAGAGGAAGAAAAUUUAGAAGAUGGAAUUCACCUGGUAGUCUGUGUCCAUGGCCUAGAUGGGAACAGUGCUGACCUCCGCCUGGUAAAGACGUUCAUCGAACUGGGGCUUCCUGGAGGAAAGCUGGACUUCCUAAUGUCUGAAAAGAACCAGAUGGACACGUUUGCAGAUUUUGAUACCAUGACGGAUCGGUUGUUGGAUGAAAUCAUUCAGCACAUCCAGUUGUACAACCUCUCCAUAUCCCGAAUUAGCUUCAUCGGCCAUUCCCUGGGCAACAUCAUCAUCCGGUCGGUCCUCACGCGGCCGCGCUUCCGGUAUUACCUCAACAAACUCCACACGUUCCUGUCGCUGUCUGGGCCUCACCUGGGGACCCUGUACAACAACAGCACGCUGGUUAGUACAGGCUUGUGGCUCAUGCAGAAAUUAAAGAAAUCCGGGUCCCUUCUGCAGCUGACCUUCAGGGAUAACGCUGAUCUGCGCAAAUGUUUCCUCUACCAACUAAGCCAGAAAACAGGUCUGCAGUAUUUCAAAAACGUUGUACUGGUGGCUUCUCCCCAAGAUCGCUACGUGCCGUUUCAUUCAGCCAGGAUCGAAAUGUGUAAAACUGCCCUCAAAGACAGACACACAGGGCCGGUGUACGCGGAGAUGAUCGACAACCUUCUGCGUCCCCUGGUGGACGCCAAGGACUGCACCCUAGUCCGGCACAACGUGUUCCACGCGCUGCCCAACACUGCCAACGCCCUGAUCGGCCGGGCCGCCCACAUUGCCGUGCUGGACUCUGAGCUCUUCCUGGAGAAGUUCUUCCUGGUGGCGGGGCUCAGCUACUUCAAGUAGUGGCUGGGGCCGCCCGCGGAGGCUUUGUGACCCCUGAACGCUCUAGCUGAGACGUCCCUCGCCGCCCUCGGCCAUUGCAGGGUCCCGAGGCCAGGAGGGUGGGGUGGGGACCGGCCGUUCCAGGUGCUUCCAUCUUGGAGAUUUGGGAAAGCUGAACCCAUCCACGGUAGUGUCACCUGACAAGAGGUUGUCCGAAGCUGUCCAGCCUCCUGGAGAGUCUUUCAAGAUGCUUUCUAGGAGAAAUAUGACGAAAUAAAGAAACAGAAUCCUUGGAGUUGGUGAGCCCACCUUUUUCUCCCUCUGCUGGCUCACCGAGUCCGCUCCAGUCUCCCUAGAUGUGCCCGGUAUGUUCCUAGCUCAUAGCUUUAUCAUUCUGAUUCAAUCCUGUGCAUACAAGCAUUUCAGAACUCAGGUGAACCUCCGUGCGGAAGUGGGCGUAUAUUCCUGUAGAUACAACCCGUAAUCGAUUCCAACGUGCCACUUGUUCAAGACAGCGUGAUGUCCACACGGUCAUUCUCCCACGUUCCACCACCAGGGGCAAAGGAAUGCUUUAUGGACUUGAGUCCUAGUUCAUGUAUAGCAGUGGGAGGGGUGAUGUAAGGUACGGGGGCAGAAAGGCGAUGCUCUUGGAAAAUGCAGGUCUGUGAUGAAGAAAAGCAGCUAGAGGGAAGGCGGUGAGCUCCGCUGCCUCACCUGCCCCUCCAGACUGUCUCUGCAGAGCCCUGGCCCUCAGAUUAUUUUUGUGAAUACUUCCAUCUCUCUCUGUAAUCGGGGAAAACAGACUCAGAUUAAGCAUAGCAGAGGGAGGUACUGAGACAGAUGGACAGACAGGCAUGAAGCUCCUGCUGAUAUUCUUCCAAAGAAAUGCUAUGUUAGCAUUUGAUGCAAUUGCAAAAAAAAAAAAAAAAAAACACAGAUACAAACACAACCAUUAACAUGGCCAGCGGCUUCUCCUCUCCGUGGAAGGACAGACAUCUAAACGGAGGAGUGCUGGAUGAAACCUCAGGGGAGCUCGAAGAAGGUGCUGGAUAUCUUUUACUAGAAAUGUCUUCUUGCCUUAGGGAAAUAAAGGGCUAGGAGAGGUCACCAUUGAUUAAAAAAAAAUAAUAACAACAAUAAAUAGCAGGGACAACAAUGAGAUUAGAGAGGAGGACAUCAUCCCGAUUGAGGACGCAGCUUAAACUGUUACUGGUAAGUCACUUAAGGGACAUUUUGAAAAUGGCCAGGAUAUUUGAUAGGGUCCCAAAGACUGAGUCCACUCUUGGCCUAAAGGAAACCUGGAGAAUCACCUAGUCACACAAAGGAAGACGAGGACCAGGACAGGAGGGAUGACUAACACAGGAGACCGAUCUUCCAGAAGCAGAAGCUCCUGUUUCUGCAAAACCACCUUCUCAUGUGUUUCAGAAAGUCCUCUGAGACCAGAUUCCUGGUCCCGGCGCCUGGACCGUGACCUUCGGUCACUAGUACUAUGGUCCUAAAACCCAGUAAAUCUUGGCUCAUCUGAGAAUUAUAGUUCUGCGAUGUUAACAGCGUGACUUUGCCAAACACACGCAGAGCACAAGAAACCAGUCCCGGAAGGCAGCUUCGUAGGACAGAGACCUGUGGGUUUCUCAAGAAAGAAGGUGGGGGUAGAUUUGAAUGAGCCACGAAGGCAGACUCGCAGACAGUGGAGCAAGGGUUCCCCUGGGGGUUUCCUGUGAACUCUCGUUACGUCCUAGGCUUCACCCAUAUGGGAUCAGUAAGUUCUGUGGGUAUUUUUCCAAGUUCCCACUGGAGAGAGACUGGGAUAACCACAGGAUAACAGAAGCGGAAUCAGUUCCUGCACUAGAUGCCCACGUAGCUGUGUUUCCUGGUCUAGACGCGUGUUCAGGCUCCGUGCUGGACCAUAUGUUUGUAGCAGGUUUUCCUUUAGGGCCCGUGAGGAGCCCUGCCCCUCCAAUGAGAGCAUUUCAUUUUGUGUUUCCGAUACCCAUCCGCAAAGCGUGUCAUUCCCUGGUCACUCGCGAGACCUCGUAGCGUGGUUCUGGAGCCAGGGUGACCCCAAUGACCAUCGUCUUUCCCAGUACCCAGAUGCCAUUUUUAACUUCAGUGUGCUGUCUGGACAAAGUGAGAACUCAUGGCAAUACACGUCCGGCUGCACGGUGCACCCCCUUUUUUACAGGGGUGAUCUGCUGUCUUUGUCAACCCUCUCUGGCCUCCGAGCAUCUAUUCUCUUGUGUAGAAAGUACGUAUCUAUACUGUAAAUAAGAGUGUCCAGUGUUGCGUGUCAUGCCUCAUUUGAAAAGGCUUUUUUAUGUCUCUUUCUAAUGAAGUAUAUAGAUAUCUAAUAUAUAUAUAUAUACAUACAUAAAUAUAUAUAAUGUAAAACAGGGACAUUAUA